AAGAAGUCGCCGAAUAAAAACAAGGACGGCAAAGGCAAUAAACAGAAUAAAGACAACGUGACCAGGGUCGUUGUUGUGGCGUUAACACCAGAAAGGCGAAGAGAAACAUGGAACAAAAAGGUGGAGUUCCUCCUUGCCGUGGUAGGCUUCGCUGUGGACCUGGGGAAUGUUUGGAGAUUUCCCUACAUCUGUUAUCAAAAUGGUGGAGGUGCCUUUCUGAUUCCGUAUACCAUCAUGCUCAUUUUUGGUGGCCUUCCGCUUUUUUAUAUGGAGUUGGCCCUGGGGCAAUUUCAUAGAAGUGGUUGCCUUACUAUAUGGAAGAGAAUAUGUCCUGCAUUAAAAGGUGUGGGAUACGCGAUAUGUCUAAUGGAUAUCUACAUGGGGAUGUACUACAACACAAUAAUCGGGUGGGCCUUAUAUUACCUCAUCGCAUCCUUCCAGUCAGAGUUACCGUGGACGAAAUGUACAAACGAUUGGAACACCGUGUUCUGUAGACCUGUUACUGAACUUCUUCCUAACAGUACCGCCUCUAGCCCAGCGAGGGAGUUUUUUGAGAGGGAAGUUUUGGAACAAUACAAAUCCGACGGCCUCAACAGAAUGGGUCCUAUAAAACCAGCAUUGGCCUUGUGUGUUUUUGCAGUUUUUAUACUAGUUUAUUUUUCUUUGUGGAAAGGAGUUAGAAGCACAGGCAAGGCGGUAUGGAUAACGGCUCUCGCCCCCUAUGUCGUCCUGAUAAUCCUGCUGGCUCGCGGAGUCUCGCUGCCCGGAGCCGCCGACGGCAUCCGCUACUACCUCACACCGGAAUGGGACAAGCUCUACAACUCCAAGGUGUGGAUAGACGCGGCCUCGCAGAUUUUUUUCUCGCUUGGUCCGGGUUUCGGCACGCUGCUGGCCCUCUCCAGCUACAACAAGUUCAAUAACAACUGCUACAGAGACGCCAUCUUAACGAGCAGUAUCAAUUGCCUGACCAGUUUCUUGGCCGGGUUCGUGAUUUUCUCCGUUUUGGGGUACAUGGCACACGUGCAGCAUAAGAGCAUAGAGCAGGUCGGAUUGGAAGGCCCCGGUUUGGUGUUUAUCGUAUAUCCAGAAGCAAUAGCCACGAUGAGCGGUUCUGUCUUUUGGUCCAUAAUUUUCUUUCUCAUGCUCAUCACCCUUGGAUUGGACAGUACGUUCGGUGGCCUAGAGGCGAUGAUUACGGCCCUCUGCGAUGAAUACCCGAAAGUCCUAGGGAGGCAUCGCGAGACAUUUGUUGCUGUUCUGCUCUUCGGUAUUUACAUUUGUGCCUUGCCAACAACAACUUAUGGUGGAGUGUACUUAGUAAACAUGUUGAAUGUCUACGGUCCUGGGCUGGCCAUCCUCUUCGUGGUCUUUGUAGAAGCUGCGGGUGUUUGCUGGAUAUACGGUACGGAUAAUUUUGCUAGGGACAUCGAGAAAAUGAUUGGGCACCGUCCUGGCUUAUUCUGGAGGAUCUGUUGGAAAUACAUUAGUCCUAUAUUUAUUUUAAUCAUCUUCGUGUUCUCUCUGUUAAGCCACGAACAAAUGUUGGGAACAGAGUACGCCUACCCCGAGUGGAGCCUACAAGUUGGGUACAUACUCACAGCUUCUUCCAUUGUGUGCAUACCGAUAUAUGUCAUAUAUAAGUUCGCCAUCACUCCAGGAAAUCUGAUGCAGAGGUGGAAAAUGAUUUGGCAAGCGGAACAUUCAUCAGACAAUAGUGCACUAACCUACUGUGGGGGCACCGAGGUGUGA